AUGAAUUUCUUGCAUCAAUGUCAAAAUACCGGCUCCGGUGAGGAAUCUUUAUCUCAUCUUUUCUUUUCGUGUAACGUCACCAUUUGCAUAUGGAGAAGGGUGUUUAUGUGGCUUGAAUUAUCCGGAUUUUUGUCCUUUGAAGAGUUUGGGGAUUUCUUCUAUAAUUUCCGGAAAAUUCCUUGCAUUGUUAAGCGUACGAUUGUGGGUACCGUUUGGCUUGCUACGGUGUGGUCGAUUUGGCUUAAGCGGAAUGCGGUGAUCUUUGAGAAUGAAGUUUUUAGCUUUACCGAAUGUAUGUCGGAUAUAGUUUUGAGCUCUUGGAGUUUGGAAAGGUUGAACAUUGGAACAUUAAUAGGGAAGGCCAAGGUGGUUGGCACAAUAAUGGGAAUUAGUGGAGCCAUGGUUCUCACAUUCUAUAAGAGUGUUGAAAUUCACCUAUGGUCUACACAUGUGAAUUUGUUGAAACAUCAUCCACAAUCACAAAAUGUUUCUUCUAAUAAUAUAUGGGGUUCAUCUCUUGCAUUGGGAACUUGUUUAUCAUAUUCAAUAUGGUUGAUAAUUCAGGCUAGGAUGAGUGAGAAGUUUCCUUGGCAUUAUACAAGUACAGCAUUGAUGUCUGUAAUGGCUUCCAUUCAAUCAAUUAUAUUUGCUUUAUGUAUGGAAAGAGGUGAUUGGAAUCAAUGGAAGCUUGGUUGGGAUAUCAAACUUUUCACUGCACUUUUUGCGGGUGUUGUGGUCUCGGGAAUAAAUUGGAUUCUGAUUUCAUGGUGUGUGCGUAUAAAAGGUCCACUUUAUGCUUCUGUUUUCAACCCCCUCUUUCUUGUUCUGGUGGCCAUUGGAGGAUCUCUCCUAUUAGAUGAAAAACUUUAUUUGGGAAGUGUAAUAGGAUCAUUGAUAAUUGUGAUUGGGUUAUACAUUGUCUUGUGGGGUAAAAGUAAAGAACUGAAGAAAGUUAUUGAGCAAAAUCAAGUAAAAGAAUCAGUCGAGAUUCAACCAAUGGAGAUAAUUACUGCAAAGCUUGAAGAUGCUACAAAUGUUGAGACAGGUAACAAUGACAUUAAGUCAAGUGGCGUCAAGGAAAUAACCAUUAAAAAUUAUGACGCUUGA